CAGAUCAACCUCUGGUCAAAUGACAUGUGUCCACCCUAGCCCUCAUGUUACACACCCAGCAGAGAGGAGAGAGGGGCUAAAAGCUUCUCUAAACCCAUGAGAGAUGUGAUUACGGAAAAGUGGAAUCAAAUACAGACCGUUGAGAGAGAGAGAGAGAGAGAGAGAGAGAGAGUUCAAAACAUUAGACAAAAUUCUCAAUGGAAGUUGUCACAGUCCAAUCAAUUCCAAAUUAUACUCACUCUGUUACUGAAGCAUAAUGGGUUGUGUUUGACAUUUUAGUUUGUAGAUUCACAAUCUUGCACACAUGCAUUCAGAACGUCUCUCAAAGCUUGUGUUGUUUUGUGUCGUGCUGUGAAACAUGGCAUCUUAUCGAUCAGUGGAGCUGUUGUGUUUUUGAUUGACAGGUAGGGGGUGUGCCCUCCAUUUCCAGUCUGUUGUAUCUCAUCCAUUCUUUUCUGUCUUCUGUCUUUGUCCUGUCUUUUGUCAUGUCUUUCAGAGGAUCCGGAGGGACAGAUGACUGUGGAGGAGGAGGAGGCCAGGAGGAUAGCGGAGAUGGGGAAACCUGUCCUGGGGGAGCGCAGCCGGCUGGAGGUGGUGAUCGAGGAGUCCUAUGAAUUUAAGAGCACCGUUGAUAAACUGAUCAAGAAGACGAACCUGGCGCUGGUGAUCGGGACUCACUCCUGGCGAGAGCAGUUCGUGGAGGCUGUGACCGUCAGUGCAGGUGAUGGAGAUGAAGAUGAAGAGGAGGGUCGAGAGGAGCGUCUCCCGUCCUGCUACGAUUACAUCAUGCACUUCGUGACGGUGUUCUGGAAGGUUCUGUUCGCGUUCGUUCCGCCCACGGAGUACUGGAACGGCUGGGCCUGCUUCGUGGUGUCCAUCACUGGAAUCGGCCUCCUCACGGCCGUCAUCGGAGACCUGGCGUCACACUUCGGCUGCACCGUGGGCCUCCGGGACACCGUCACCGCGGUGGUGUUCGUGGCCCUGGGCACCUCUAUCCCAGACACAUUCGCCAGUAAAGUGGCUGCUACUCAGGACCAGUACGCAGACGCCUCCAUCGGAAACGUCACGGGGAGCAACGCGGUCAACGUGUUUCUUGGCAUCGGUGUGGCCUGGUCCGUGGCAGCGGUGUACUGGGCCGUCCAGGGAAAGAGCUUUAACGUGGAUCCCGGCUCGCUGGCCUUCUCCGUCACCCUCUUCACUAUUUUUGCCUUCAUCUGCAUGGGGGUGCUGCUCUUCCGGCGCCGGCCGUCUAUCGGCGGAGAGCUGGGCGGCGCUCGUGUCCCGCGUUUGCUCACUACACUCCUCUUUCUGGGUCUGUGGUUCCUCUACAUCCUCUUCUCCAGCCUUGAGGCCUACUGCCAUAUCGAGGGCUUCUGAAAGGAGAAACAGGGAGCGAACAACACACACUUAUAUCUACAAAUAAAUCGAAAGGGGUUUUGAGGCUCUAUAAGCCCACACACACACACACACACACACACUUACAAAACACAUCGUUGAAUGCACUAAUGCAAAUCAUUCAACUUAGACGAGACCUGGAGGAGAAUCUGAGAUGGAUGAUGUUGGAGAGAGAGUUUGUGAAAAAGGAAGCAAAGCGUGUUGCAAAAGUUGAGUAGAAGGUGGGAGCGACGCUGUAAAAUAGUCAGACUUGUAUCUUUUCGUUUCUCGAGCUCAGAGGCAGAACUGACGACUUUUGUUGUCACGUACCAGGUCUUUUCAUGGUUUAGGGGCACAGUAAAUCCGAGGAGAGAUAAAAGGUGUGUUCAGAACAAUAGUGAUGGCAUUUCAGAAGUCAAUGAAAAGCAGUUGUGCAUCAUUCUGUACUAAAGCAGUCAUUUAUGAUUGGCGCUCGAAAGAUUGUACAAUAUGAGCUCUCGAGUUAAAGCAAGACGGGCUGAAAGUUGUGUGUCACACUAGACUUCAAGCAUGUGAAAUCACUUUAGUCCCUGCAGUGGGAUAUGAUGUCAUUCUCUAGGGCUUCUCAUUUUAAUAAGUAAUAAAAUGUAAUUAAUAAUACAGUCUAGUGUGACCGCACCUGAGUUUGAAAUCAUAGCGUACGAACCUGUUUACUAAUGUUGCCAAUGUUUCACCUGCUUGAUGUCUGUCGGAAGGAGCAAACUCAAAAACUUAAGUUACUAGUGAUGUGAAGAGAUUGAUAAAUAACUAAAUAUUGGUUUUGCAUAAAUAUUGUCCAGAAAUCAACUGCAAAAACAAUUUAUAAGUGACACAAUAAGCAGAACAAGACUUUCAGUUGUGCAAUGAAAUGGCAAAAAUAUUUUGCUUUUUAAUAUUAUUUCUGGUUAAUAAUUAUAUGAAAUGUAAAUAUCCAACACAAGAUAUUCUUCUAUUAUAUUAUAUUCAGAAUCUUCAGACGAGUUGGCCAGUUUAUCAGCUUUAGUGUUAUGUAAUUUCACCACUGAUGGCUAUAUUUUCUCCCUUUUUCAGACACAUCAGACUCAGUUGUGCCCUACAAUAACAAACAAUAACAAAAAGAUUCCAGGAAUCUGUAUUAGGCAGCAAAAUAGUGGCUGAAGACUAGAAUAGAGCAAACAGUAUCUCAUAGAUAGAAUUAGAAAGUUGUCCAUUAAAAACAUGAGUCUCAAUAUUCUGCUACAGUAGAUUAUCUUUCAUCUGAUCAGGUCAUUUUGAUUGCAUUUGAUAUGUCUUUAUCUUUACUUAAUUUUUUUAAUUGGAUGUUCAUCUGAGUCGCAUUGAAUUUAGAUGCUUAUUCUACACCUCAACAUUCCCUGGAAUUCACCGAACGAAGCUUCUUAUGACAUCACAAUGACCAGGAUGUUCUGAAACGGAACACUGGUCGUGUAAAGAUUCCAAUCUUCGGUUGUUACAUUCAUUCUGCACUUUCUGCUGCCUAGAGACAAUGGAGAGCCUCUUUUAAAGUGUCAUUGUCAAAAAUCCAUGAGAAAACACUCACCGUUAUCUCCAUACGCUCAAACGCCGAACCACUGGGAUGUUCGAGAAACUCUUUUCCAAUAGCAGUGUUCAUAGUAUGCUAAAAAAAAAAAAAAAAACUUGAUGCUGAAUUGGUCCUGUCAAAGCAACUGUGACAGUUUCUCUUCUCUACACAGGUUUAUUAGAAGAACAAAUGAUUUAGGUGUCAGCUUUACUUCGGUGCAAAAUCUGAAGCAUGUUCAUGCUCAUUCGAUGCAUCCAGCGACUUUACAAGUUCUCAUAGCAAAGCACUAAAGUCAAAAUGUCACUGUACAGUUUCUCUCAGCAUUAUGUGAGCUUGUCUGGGGCUUGUCUUGAUUGAGCUGCGUAUUGAUUGGUUCUUUAUAAACUCAUUAGCUGACUAGUCCACUCAUGUGGAGCUGAACGCUGAUUGGUCCCUGACAGAUUCACAAUAAAAUGUUGUUUACUCAUAGAGAACUCAGGAUUGUGUGUAUAUGUAUGUUAAAAGUGUUUUUAUGUCGCCAGCUCGUCUGUCCAGUCCAAAGAAGUGUGGUGUGUGUACUGUUCUCUUGCUAUACUUCAGAGCUGGACUUUUGUCUGUUGUCUAGUCAGUCGAAAUGCAUGAUGCAGUGCGUAUUGGCAGAUCUAUAACGGCAUGCUUUGACUCUGAAGACAUGCAUGUAUUUGAAGUUUACAAUGUUUGUUACUAAAAGGAGACAACCAUGAUGGCUGCCUAUGUCAGAUCUCUUUUGUAAUAUUUUGGUGUGAGAUCAGUACUUAAAGGAAUAGUUCUCUCAAAAAUGAAAGUUUGCUGAAAAUGUACUUAUUCUCUGGUUGUCCA